CUGUCCCCACACCUCUCCUCUUCGUUACGUCUUGCAAGCCCCCCCCCCCCCCCCCAAAUGCCUACCUGCUACUCAAUUAACUAAAAAGUCACCUUUGUCCAGCCUCGCCUUGUGCUACGUCAUAAUCUCCGAGCUACGAGAUCGCAUUAUUGUGCAAUUAACACCUUGACAUCUUCUGGAGAUUUUAGCCAGUCCCCUAUCGAAUUGGGUUUGCCAUAACAUCGAAACGCUUAUAUUGUACCUGCAAAAGGAGACUAGUCAAACCUACAUUUACUAAUUACACCCUUACAAAAAAUCCCCCUACAGGGUUGAAACUUGAUCUUUUGAAAAACUCUCCCCGUUUCCUGAAUCUCAGAAAACAAUUUUUCGCAGUCUCCAUAAAAUGUCCGCCGCAUGCGUGAACGCGUCACGGUGUAAAAUGUUCCAACGUUUCGGCCACUAUUGCAGGUGGUCACCAUCAGGGUGUAAAAUGUUCCAACGUUUCGGCCACGAUGCGCCCGGUCAUCACCAGGAAAGUAAAAUUUUCCAACGUUUCAGCAGGUGGCCGAAACGUUGGAACAUUUUACAUCCUGAUGAUGGCCAUCGGCGAUAGUGGCCGAAACGCUGGAACAUUUUACACCAUGGCGCGCUUGCACAAUCGGAAGACUUUAACUGAAAUUUGCACCACUGCAGAUGUGUAUAAUGCUGUUAGCAAUCGGCGAGACAGAAGCAACUCGGUGCUUUGUAACAAACACACCUUUCCCCUCUCUUCACUUGCGCCUCUCGACGUGUCCUGAUUGCCUCUGCCUCUCUCUCCCGCUUCUUUUACCCCAUUCCCUCCAGUGACGCGCCGGUCAUCGCGAUUUACGAACGAAUGGCACAAACCUCUAGAUUCGUACCUUUUUUUUUAUUACUCCGCGAGAUUGCAAAUUAACCGUUCUAAUACAGCAGUUGUGCCAAAGAGAUUAGUUACUAGCAGUGUUUAGACUGAUUAACGUUUUGUACUCCCUCUAACCCGCGUGACGGAUAGGAAACUAAGUUAGGAGAGAAGUAGCGAAGUGUCGAGUGGCGAGAAGAGGAGGCUAGAUGGAGCUGCGGCCGGUCGGGCGCUCGUCGUCACCCGCUGCAGCGCGUGCCUGCUGCCGCCCCCGCCUGUGUGUGUGCUGUGUCUUUUUCCUCUGUUCUUCUCGCUCACCUCUGUUUUAUCCUUGCCCGGCCCGGGACCUGCGCCCUGCAGUACGAACCUGCCCAUCUGUAUCCGGGAUACGGAAAGAGGCACCCCGUGGAGUGUUCCGCUGCUGGGGACUAGCUCGCUUGUGAAUGCUGAGAAUAACACGGGCCAGACGUACCACCACAUCAUCCCGUACGCGGGGCACAUGCGGCUGACGGCGGUGUCGGCGCCCACCUUCUCGACGCGCACCAGGCCAUCCGUCAUCAUGGCCGAGAUCGACCGCAUCAACCACCGCAUGCGCCCGUCUCUCGCCUACCAGCCCGCCGAGGACUUCCUCAACUCCAGAUCCAUCGUGUCGUUCGACGACGAGGCGCGCGCCAUCCGUGGCCAAGCGGCGCACCUGCUCAAGCGCAUCCACACGCCGGUGCCCAGGGCCCUGAGGCCGCUGCCCGUCAUCACCACGGGGUACGAGUACGAGGAGCUGCCUCUGCCGCCACGCAUCACGUCUGACAUGUACAUCCAACGGCUGCUGGGUCUGCGUGACGUGCAGCACGAAGUGCUCAGCCGGUCCUACUACAACGAGCCAGGCUCUCGCGCCAACAUCGGCAAAGGCCACCUGGCGUGCGUCACGUACGCUGGCGGGAAGGCCUUCUCCAGGCGGCGACCACUAGCUUCCCAUGAGAACAACGGGGACUACAUCAGGAACAACGUCAAGAUGCUGUCGCACUACGAGAGAAUGCGCGAGGCCGCCAAGAGCCCGGUAGUCGAGGAAAAAGUGCUUCCUGGGGAAUCUCGUAUUGCCAGAGGUCCAAGACCUGUGAAUAGUGGUUACUACAGACCAACAAAUGACCCUGGUAAGGAAUAUGCAGAGGCACUGGCCUCUGCAGCGAUAGCCACAGCAAAUUUCAACAUGCACACAGCUGCCCUAGAGGAGAAUCGCAAAAACAAGCAAAAGAGAGAAGAUGCACGACUUGCAUCUGCUGCUGAAGAACGAGAUAAGGAAGGUGAAUCAGCUACCGAUGGUGAAUCACAAUCUGAGCAAGUACAAAAGAAGCUGGAGGAAGAAGUAAAGAAGAAGGCAGAAGAGGAGGCCAAGAGGAAAGCAGAAGAGGAGGCCAAGAGGAAAGCAGAAGAAGAAGCCAAGAAGAAGGCAGAAGAAGAAGCCAAGAAGAAGGCAGAAGAGGAAGCCAAGAAGAAGGCAGAAGAGGAAGCCAAGAAGAAGGCAGAAGAGGAAGCCAAGAAGAAGGCUGAGGAAGAAGCUAAAAAGAAGGCAGAAGAAGAAGCAAAGAAAAAGGCAGAAGAGGAAGCCAAGAGAAAAGCAGAAGAAGAAGCUAAAAAGAAGGCAGAAGAGGAAGCCAAGAGAAAAGCAGAAGAGGAGGAAGCAAAGAGAAAAGCAGAGGAGGAGGAAGCUAAAAGAAAGGCAGAAGAAGAAGAAGAAGAAGCCAGGAGAAAAGCAGAAGAAGAGGAAGCCAGAAAGAAGGCAGAAGAAGAAGCCAAGAAAAAAGAGGAAGAGGAAGCAAGGAUAAAGGCAGAGGAAGAAGAAGCCAGAAGAAAGCAAGAAGAAGAAGAGGCAAAAAAGAAAGCAGAGGAGAGUGAACCUGCAAAGGAAGAGGAUAUAGAAGAUAUAUGGGCUGGUGUAGACGAGGACAUGCCUCGAAAAAAGGUAGUACCUGACGUAGUAGCAGAUACUGCAGAAGAGGAGGCACAGCCUGCUGGUGAUCAGACAGAGAGCAAGCCAGCAGAAGAGGAGCAAGUAGACCAGGGUCCUGAACCCGUCGUGGAGGAGCCUACCUCGCCCGAGACCCCAGCUCCCUCUGAGAAGCCAGAAAUAGAAGAAGUGCCAGCUUCAGAAGAAGAAUAGCAGAAUUGUUUCAAGAACUGAAAAUACAUCCCAUUUAAGACACUGACAGAGAUGUGUUACUUUUCUAAGUGUGUUUGGUUGUUGUUCUCUUUAUUGUAAGUUAAGAUUCUUCUCAGUGGUUUGCUGGAACUGGAUGUAGAGUGUACUCUUUCAGAGGUUUUUUGGGUGUCAUUCUGUCGAAGUGGCUGUUGCAUUUGUGUUGAAAGUGCCCAAAGCACAAAUAUUUUUUAAGUGUUGUGAGUUAUGGCUUUUUCCUACAUACAUAUCAUUCAUUCAGGUUCAACCUUUGUUGAGAAAUGCUAGCAUUUCCCUGUCUAUCACAAUGUCACAUAAUUUAUUUGUAAUUUUGCAUUUAAUUUUAUCACUGCUAAUUUGUUACUGCUGUAAGCUAUUCUCUAAAAAUCAUUGAGGUGAAAUGCAAUUUUCAGUAUGGUUGCUCUAUGUAGACAAUAAAAUGUGUAUUUAUGCAUUUUGGUAAUAAAUACAUUAUUUUGUCAGUAUAAAA